GACAGACAAGUUCCUCCAGAGGAGCUGUUGUUCACCGAGCUGCACACACAAGAGAGGGCAGACUCAGAAGAAGGAAUCAGCCACACUGAAACCUGCAGAGUGAAGGAUCUAAUUAAGGUGCUUCUGUGACCGGGUCCUCCUGCCUUGAUGGAUUAUACACUCGAGCCCAAUUUGACGACAAUAACUGACUACUACUAUCCUGAUGCCAUUUCAAGCCCCUGCGAUGGGGAACUUAUCCAGAGAGAUAGCAAGUUGCUUCUUGCUAUCUUUUACUGCCUCCUGUUUGUAUUUGGUCUUCUGGGAAACAGCCUGGUCAUCCUGGUCCUUGUCGCCUGCAAGAAGCUGAGGAGCAUCACAGAUGUAUACCUCUUGAACCUGGCUCUGUCUGACCUGCUUUUUGUUUUCUCCUUCCCCUUUCAGACCCACUAUCAGCUGGACCAGUGGGUGUUUGGGACUGUAAUGUGCAAGGUGGUCUCUGGCUUUUAUUACAUUGGCUUCUUCAGCAGCAUGUUCUUUAUCACACUCAUGAGUGUGGACAGGUACCUGGCAAUUGUCCAUGCUGUGUAUGCCUUCAACGUGAGGACACCCAGCAUGGGCAUAGCCCUGAGUCUGGCAGUAUGGCUGACUGCCAUCAUUGCCACUAGCCCGCUACUAAUAUUUUACCAAGUGGCCUCUGAAGAUGGCGUUCUACAGUGUUAUUCAUCUUACAAUCAACAGACUUUGAAGUGGAAAAUCUUCAUCCACUUUGAAAUGAAUAUCUUAGGCCUGCUGAUCCCAUUCACCAUCCUUAUGUUCUGCUACAUUAGCAUCUUACAACAGCUGAAGAGUUGCCAAAACCACAACAAGACCAAGGCCAUCAGGUUGGUGCUCAUCGUGGUCAUUGCAUCUUUACUCUUCUGGGUCCCAUUCAAUGUAGUCCUCUUCCUUACUUCCCUGCUCAAUAUGCACAUCUUGGAUGGAUGUGUCAUGAGCCAGCGGCUGAUUUAUGCCACCCAUGUCACAGAAACCAUUUCCUUCACUCACUGCUGUGUGAAUCCUAUUAUCUACGCUUUCAUGGGUGAGAAGUUCAAGAAACACCUCUCCGAAAUAUUUCAGAAAAGUUGCAGCCACAUCUUCCUCUACCUAGGGAGACAAAUCACCAGGGAAAGCUGGGAAAAACCAUCCUCCCUCUAUCAGCAUUCCUCCCGUUCCUCCAGCACAGACUACAUUUUGUGAGGAGAGUGGCUUCACGCAGGCCCCUGCCUGCAUCACCAUUCUUCUUUCGGGAGUCAGAAAUGGCUUCCAUCAGCGUCUAAGGCUACAUGAAGGGAUACUCUUGGAAACUGGGUUAGAGACAUGAGACUUAUGUUACAAUAUGAAAUGAAUUCUUACUAUUGCAAGUUAAUCUUCUCAACUUUCAAAGACUUUUUUUCCUAUUUUCUGGAAAUAGUCUAUAUAUUUCAUUAUUAAGUAUAGUGUUAGUUGUGAGGGACUUUUUUUCUUAGUUUUUAGAGUGUCUUUAUCACAUGCCAAUUUAAAUUUUUAUCAAAUGCCUUUUCCUUAUCUAUCGAGGUGACCAUCUAGUUUUCCUCCAUUAUUCUGUUAAUUUGGUGAGCUACAUUGAUUGAUUUUCUUGUCUUAAAAUCAGCCUGUAUUUUUCCUGGAAAAAAAUGACCUCUUAAUCAUGAUCAUUUUAAUAAGCAAUUGGAUUCUCUCGGGAUUUUCAUAUAUCUGUGUCAUGGGAGAUCAGAAUUUGCCACCCCAAAAUAUGUCUCUUUGCCUUGAUUAAAUUUUUAAGAACAAAAGACUCAGAAAGAA